AUGAAAAAACAACAAAUAAGUGGUAUAAUAUUAAAAAUAUACAUUAUAGUAAGCUUAAAUGGUGUUUUAAACUAUAGAAUACAAAAAAGAAGUGAGUCAUUUGAACGAAAAGGGGAAUUCAAAGUUAAAAAUACACUCCACAAAAUUGAAAUUAUGAGUUCUAAACGAGAGUUUCCCCUGGAAGACGACGCGCCACUGAAGGAGUUCGACCCGGAAGUGCACGGAAUUCUGGAGAAGGAAAGAAAUCGGCAAAGAUAUUCAGUCGACCUGAUCGCGUCGGAGAACUACGCAAGCAGAGCGUGUCUGGAGGCGCUGGGAUCGGUCUUCACGAACAAGUACAGCGAAGGGUACCCGGGAAGAAGGUACUACGGAGGCUGCAAGCACGUCGACGAGCUGGAGACGCUGUGUAUGCAGAGGUGCCUCCAGGUGUUCGGGCUCCCCGAGGAGGACUGGGGAGUCAACGUGCAGGCGCUGUCAGGCUCCCCGGCGAACUUCGCAGUCUACUGCGCGCUCCUGGAGCCGCACGACAAGCUGAUGGGCCUCUCGCUGAUGGGCGGAGGGCACCUCACGCACGGCUACUACAUCGGAAAAAAGAAGAUAUCGGCAUCCUCGAUUUUCUUCUCGCCGCUCUCGUACACGCUGGACCCUGAGACGGGCCUGAUAGACUACAAGGAGCUGGAGAAGCUGGCGAAGCUGUACUGCCCGAGGCUGAUAAUAGCAGGAGCGUCAACAUACACAAGGCACAUCGACUACAAAAGGUUCCGGGAGAUUGCGGACAGCGUCGACGCGUACCUGAUGGCGGACAUUGCGCACAUCUCAGGGCUGGUGGCGGCAGGAGUGCACCCAUCGCCGUUCGAGCACUGCCACGUGGUGACGUCGACAACACACAAGUCGCUGAAGGGGCCGAGGUCGGGCAUGAUUUUCUACAACAAGAAGCUGCUCCCGGAGUUCGGAGAGUGCAUCAACAACGCAGUGUUCCCGACGCUGCAGGGAGGCCCGCACAACAACAAAAUAGCAGCACUGGCAGUGCAACUGAGACAGAUGCUGAAGCCGGAGUGGAAAGCAUACGCACAGAGCGUUGUGGACACGGCAAGAACACUGGCCUCGGAACUGGAAAGGAGGUCGUUUAAAAUUCUGACGGGGGGGACGGACAACCACACCGUGAUCGUGGAUCUGCGGCCAUUCGACGUGACGGGAAGCAAGAUGCAAAUAGUGUGCGAGCUGGUGAACCUAACGAUAAGCAAAAGCACACUACCGGGGGAUAAGUCGGCGCUGAACCCGUCGGGAAUACGCCUGGGAACGCCAGCGCUGGUGUCCAGAGGAGCGAAAAGGGAGGACAUGGAGUUUGUGGCGGAGGCCCUGAGUAAGGCGGUGGACAUCUGUGUUAAAGUUCAAGCGCAAAAGGGGAAGAAGCUGGUGGAUUUCAAGGUGGGUCUGGAGGAGAACGAGGAGGUGUUGAAACUGAGGAGCGAGGUCGUGGAGUGGGUGUCGAAGUUCCCAUACGUUGAUUAA